UACGUUUGCUUACAAUGAGGGUAUUCGUUAUUUCUUCGUAUCCUUAGUAUCGUAAAAUAAUUUACGAAGCUUACGAUCUAAUUAUGAACGCCCCACACAAAAAACAUCGUAAAAAUUCACAAUUUCAUAAAAAUUAGAUCCUUUUGGCUGUAUUCAUAAAUCGCACCCGAUUUAAGCUUUAAUAAAAAUUAACUAAUCAUCAAAUCUACUUACUACAAUGCCUCGAGUGUCGAAAAAGUUAAAACUAGUUAGUGAUAUUGGGGAAUAUGCUGCAGCUACCGCAAUCCUAACUGAAGAUGAGGGAGAAAUCGACCAGCAAAUUCUGGAAUACUUUGAAAUUAUUGCAGUAAUUCAGUCGCAACGGUGUUCUGUUCCGAGAAUUCGAGUCCCAAAAUCAGAUGAAUGGUACCUCAGUGUGUUGGCCUCGUAUGACGACACUCGGUUCAAGAAAUAUCUUCGUGUCACACGAUUUGACUUUGGAAGAAUUCUGGAAAUGAUUAGAUGCCACUCUGUUUUUCAAGAAGUAACGAAGAAACAAAUUCCAAUCGAAAAACAACUAGCAAUUGCUUUAUACAAGUUUGGAACCAACGGUACAGCGUCAGGAGUAGGAAACGUGGCAGCUUUAUUUGGUGUUGGAGACGGUGGCACUGUGAUGAUGUCAGUUAGACGAGUGAUUAAGGCUCUGCUUCAUUUAAAGAACGAUUGGAUCAAGUGGCCAUCUCAAGAAGACCGGAAGGUUAUCGAAAAUUCAAUGGAAGCUGAGUUGCCAAAGUGCAUCGGUUACAUUGAUGGAAGUCACAUUAAUUUGGAAGAAUCUCCCAACACUGAUCCAGAAUCGUACUUUGACCGGAAGCAAAAUUAUUCUAUUCAGCUCCAGGCCGUAUGUGACAACUCUAGAAAAAUAAUCAAUAUUUUUGUUGGAUAUCCUGGUUCAACACAUGACGCCCGUGUCUUCAGCAAUUCGAAGAUUGGAAAACAUCCCGAACUAUUUUUAUCUGAAGGUCAAUGGAUUGCUGGAGACUCUGCAUACCCGGUCACAGACAAAGUUGUUACUCCCUUUCGCAGGAACUCCAACUUUGGCAAUGAGAGACAAAGAAAGGGUUUCAAUAAAUAUUUCGCAAGUUAUCGGGUGAAAAUCGAGUGUACAUUUGGAGUCUUGAAAGAAACAUUUUGCAGUCUAAAAGAACUUCGUGUGCGCAUCAACGACGAGGGUGGACAUAAACUGGCGUGCGAAUGGAUCUCUGCUUGUUGCAUUUUAUAUAACAUUAUUCUGGAGUCUCUCGACAAACCGUCUGAAGGGGAUGAUUACUUUGAAGACGAGGAUGAAAUAAACCCCCCACAUCAUCAUGUUUACCGAAAUGCAAAACGAGAGGAGAUUUUUUAUUUUGUGAUUAAUAAGUUUGGAUUGUAAUUUUUGUAAAUUAUAUUACAAAGUUUAUUGAGUUGCCACAUUUUUUACGAGUAAACAACUAAAAAUUUAACAAACAAAUUUUUUUAACAAUUCAUUUAAGCCUAUAAGUUAAGUGUAAGACCAAACUAAUUAAUUAUUUUGAACGGGUGUACGUAAUUUGGCAAUUUCUAGCUUGAAUUUCAUCUCUUGAUCAAUUCGAUAUUUUUCCACCUCAAACUGGUUCCGGAUUUUCUCUUGCUCUAGCUCAAACUGUUUAAACUUUACCUCCUUUUCUACUUCAAACUGCUGUUUUUGUAGUUCAAGUUGUAGUUCUUUCUGAUGCUUGUCAAAGUCCCAUUUUUCUCGUUGAAAUUCGAUAUCCGCUUUAUGCAUUUCUUGUCGCAUGAUGAUGAGAUCUGACAACGCUUUUGAUCCUGAGGAGGGGAUCGGCGACCGAGAUUUUCGCUUAGUUCCAGUGCGAAUAAUUGGGUUAUCUUGUGACGGUCCGACUUCUUGAACGUUUGUUAAAUGGUCGUUCAAGUCAAAAAAGUUAUCCGCCGGGACUUGCUGACCGCUGUCAUUAUUUAUUUCAGAGGAAUCCAGAGUGAAUGGAGGGUUGAUGCUGAGCUUCUCUCCAAAUAUCUCGUCCAGAGUAUCAAAAUGAGGGCACAUUUGCUUAAUUGUAUCUGAAUACCGAGAAAAAUUAUACGCUGGCCUAAUCAUGAUAAGAUACUUUAAAUUAAAGCGUAUUUACCCUUAAAGUACUGCUCUCCAUGCUCCGCUAACACUCCUUGGCCCGUCUGACUCCUCCAUGUCAAAGUUUGUUGGUACUUUUUUUUCAAAUUUCCAACUUGAUGAUGAACCUGGGAAGAUGAGCAGUCUGGUAGGAUCACUUUCUGAAGGAGAGUUGCAUAAAAUGAAGUAGCGUUUGGUUUUUCAAUACAUUUCCCUGAUUUUAUGACAUCCACUAAAUGCUGCAAAACAGAUUCGAUUUCUUUUGAAGUCCAACAUCUUCGUGUUUUAGUUGCUGCUUCAUCCCCGAUUUUAGUACUCGCCACUUCUCCUUCUUUUAUUUUUUUUCUCGGUGCCAUUUCUUCUACAAUUGGAUUGUGAAAUUAGUUCGUGAACACUUUUUAAAAUUAGAUUCGUCUUACCUUCUUGAGUUAUUUGGAAGUUUUCAAAUUUCAGAAAAUUUAUUUCACACCGGAUGAAUAAUUUGAAAACUUUUUGUGACAGAUAGGAGUGCGAGAAGGAAAUUAGAUGAGCAUGUAAAAGUGAGAAUUUUCGGCUUUGAACUUACGAAGAAAAAACAAGGGGUCAAGCUUCGUAAACAUCGUAAGCGUAGUAACGCGUUUUUCGAUGAGAAAAUCUUACGAAGCUUACAAAAUCUCGUAAGCGUCGUAAGUUAUUUUACGAUACGAAGAAUACUAAGGAUACGAAGAAAUAAUGAAUACCCUCAAUAUAUUUUUUAACAAACGAAUUUGCCAUUACAUGACUAACAUGACGCAACUUCUGCUAUAAAUAAUUGUCAUUUGUUUUGUGAUCAGACUUACAACUUAAAAUUGACCUGACAAAAAUUGCACUUGAAUAACGAUCCAGUGCACUGAUGAAGCCAUUAUACAUAUAUCAUGCCCUGGUUAACUAACACGAACGAUGAUUGUCCGCUUGAGUUUCAAUUACGAAUAUACGUAUGUUUGAAAAACUAAAUACAAGAUCGAUCAGCCAGCUGGAAGAGUUUUCAAGCACUUGACUGACAUGCAAAAGUGUCAAGUUCAACAGUUUUAUAUAUGUACUUGUUGUUUAGUCAAUGAACUAGAAAAUAUAAGUGUCGAUCUACAUGUACAUACGUAUUUACAAAAGUGAUGACUAAGGUGUGUGUGAGCGCAUGAUAAACUAUUAUCCAGACUAUUUACUACAUGACGAGCAAUGCAUGCAACCAUAUCCCGUUAUUGCACUCAU